UCCUGCCCGCAGCUACAAACUGACAAUCUUCAGUCAUCGCCGAGUUGCCUCAGGCUACCCAUGGGCUGUCCUGAUCAAUGCCAGUCAGCCCGGACUCUGGCACAACUCUCACGAGGACCAAGUGGAGCUCCGGAGGGCAGCACGAGACAAGCAGGAAUGGCGCCAUUAUAAAAUACUUGCCUGAGCCACAAACAGCCUAAGGUCGACACAUGGCCCCUUCAAGAAGUCCUGGCGGUGCUAAGGGACGAGCGCAAAUACAGAAAAACACUAAGACUGAACUGUGGCAAGAUAGUACCUGGACCCCCCCCCCCUCACACACACACACACACACACACACACACAAACCUUACGUAGAAUAGAUCAUGAAGAAGACAUCGUUCCCUCGCCUCCUGCCCCAGGGGAACGUCCUCCCAUUCCUGCUACUGCUGGUGGGCGCGUUGAGCCAUGCAAAGGAUGUGGACGCCUCGGAAACCAAGAACUGCACCGAGGCCGACACAGUGCUGACGGAAGGGGACGUUCGUAUCACGGCCAACAUAUCGAAGGACGACGGAAAAACGCUGUUGUAUCAGGUCGUGUACAUGCAACCUGAGGAAGGCUUUGAGGGAAUAGGUGUUCAAGUUGUCACGGGCAAUGAGUUUGGGCAGGAGAAGGUGGCAGCAUGGUUCUCCAAGGACAGCCUUUUCGCCGCCGACAACACCGCAAGGUUGUGGGAGUUGUAUGUGCCUGUGCAACGCUUCAAAAACUAUAUAAAGUUCACUGUAGUUCUUGGUGACAGUAAGAAGGUGUGUGUCACUUGGGUCACCUCUGACAACCUACGGAGUCUGGAAGUAGUUGGUUACGGCCCCUCAAGAUGGAAGGCCGCCGCCCCACGACCUGGCUGUCUUUGCGUGGGGAAUAACCAAUCACUGCCCUCCCCAAAAUCUGAACCCAACUGCUCUGAGCCCCGACUCAUUCUCGGGGCUACAACAUCACCACCACCAACGAGUAUGUCAACAGCGGUGGAGCCGGCGUGGUCAGCGGACUUGGCUGCGGUGGUGGGUGCAGUGGCUGGGGUGUUGGCUGUGGUGGUGGUGGCGGUGGUGUGCUGGAGAAAACGGCGACGCUCAACGGAUGAAAAUGCCGCGCCGGCAGCCCCGAGUGACCAGCGGGAGACGACCAUCAAUGACAACAGCCGGUACCAGCCCUCCGAAGCCUGCAGGGAUGGGGCCGCCGCCGGGGUAUCCACGGAGAGGAUCCAAGUUAUUGAAAACAGCCUGUACGAGCCCUUCGAACCAUACAGGAACAAGGCCGCCGCCGGGACACCCAAAGAGGGGACCCAUGUUAUUGAAAACAGCCUGUACGAGCCAUUCGAAGCCUGCAGGGACGGGGCCGCCGCCGGGACACCCAAAGAGGGGAUCCAUGUUAUUGAAAACAGCCUGUACGAGCCAUUCGAAGCCUGCAGGGACGGGGCCGCCGCCGGGACACCCAAAGAGGGGAUCCAUGUUAUUGAAAACAGCCUGUACGAGCCAGUAGAAUCCUGCAGGGACGGGGCCGCCGCCGGGAUACACAAAGAGGGGAUCCAUGUUAUUGAAAACAGCCUGUACGAGCCAUUCGAAGCCUGCAGGGACGGGGCCGCCGCCGGGAUACCCAAAGAGGGGAUCCAUGUUAUUGAAAACAGCCUGUACGAGCCAUUCGAAGCCUGCAGGGACGGGGCCGCCGCCGGGACACCCAAAGAGGGGAUCCAUGUUAUUGAAAACAGCCUGUACGAGCCCUUCGAAGCCUGCAGGGACGGGGCCGCCGCCGGGACACGGAGAUAAACAUCGCACGCUAUGGACGAAAGCCUCGACGAGCCCCUGAAAGCCUGCAGGUACGGGACGGCCGCUGGUGUUGUGUAUGUAGUUGUCCCUUGUGAGGAGCUGUCCCCGCUUCGUUUACAUGCAAAAGGCGGACCGUUAUAUACUAGGAUCCGUGCACGUAGCUGGUCGCCUGUAUAUGGAUGUCCCACCAGUGUUUGCAAGCACGGGAGGGCAUAUUGUUUAAUUCAUGAAUCCAAUACAUCGCUCUGUUUCGUAAUAGGUGAAGUGAAGCGCCAUGAAAAAGCCUUUAUGAGGUGAUUCAGGGGUAACUUUACGGGAAGCAGCAUCUUGCAAAUUUCAAAAUAAAAACUAUCUUGCUGUGCAAAUGAUUAUUGUUUGGGGCAGAUUACAUUCUUUUCUCUGGGUGGUUAGGGUCCAUCUCUUGCCCACAGGACAUUUCCGAACGAAACUGAACACCUCAUAUAUCAUCCACGGCUGUUACUCAGGCUGGCUGGCUCUUCUCAAGAUCCGAAAGUUUACUGCUUGCGAGACUUUUUUGACUUGAAAUAAACUCACCCUUUGUCAUGCCACAGUCCUUGUCUCCUCAGACUUCUCAUUUGGUUGCUUGCAAGGUUUGGUGGAUAUUGUCAAUUCUGCAAAAGAUUCUGUAAAGGGCCUCUUUCAUCCCUAAAUUUGUUCAGUCUUUCCCGUAAAUCUGCGGCCAUGUUAUCGGGGAACGCCUACGCACAACACUGUAUAUCAAUAAG